AUGACGAUGAUGACGGUGAUAGCGGUGAUGACGAUGACUCGCCCGACCCUCCACACCGCGCAGCUUGCGCUGGACACUCACCACUGGACGUGGCUGAGCCACGUGGCCAUGUGGGGCUCGCUCGGAUUCUACCUCGUCUUCUCCACACUCUUCGGAUCUGCCCUCUGGCCUCUGCUGCGUCACCAGGACAUGGUGGGCGUGGUGCGUGUGGCGCUGUCGGCAGCUCCCUGCUGCCUCGCCACCGCGGUGGUCGCCACGCUGGUGGCCGUGCCGGACCUCUUCCUGCACGCGCACGCACGGAGCACGCGGCCCAGCCUCACGCACGCGCUGCAGAUGGCGGAGAGGAAGAAGCGGAAGAGGGAGCCGUACGGGGCAAACGGCACGGCCCGGCACUCCGAGGCAUUGGAGAUGACCUACCCACUUUAAUCACCCCACACGCACCACACACGCACCACACACGCACCCCACACGCACCCCACACGCACCACACACGCGUCACACACGCACCACACACGCGUCAC